AUGCCUGAAGGCCGUCAAUCCCCUCCACCUGAGCGCCAGUCCGGCCAGCAAGUUGGGAGCCAAACGAAGAACGCCCCCGACUCCGACUUGAAAUCCAACAAGGACUGGUCUGCUAAAGAAAGGCAGCUGGAAGAAGAGAGAGAUCACCUUGAAUCAAACCCCAAAGGUCCGAUGGAAGACGCUCUGGAGUCCAAGUUCUCCAAAGGGACAGGGAACCCAAUUGGCAAGAAUGUGAUCUAA